UAAUUAAUUAGUGCAGAGUAUUAUAUAUAUUGGUAGCCUCAUUAUCUAGUUUAAUUACACAUUUUUGUCUCCAUCGACAAACAAUGGCAUCAUUUAAUUCAGUUUGCUGUGUUUUACUGUUGUUGAUGAUAAACAGCCGCAGUUAUGUCGCCGCACAGCUUGCUCCGGUCAGCGUCAUUUCCAGUGAUGGUGUUAUACCAAACGGAAACUUUGAAGAAGCACCAAACCCGUCGAAUCUAAAAAAGAUAACAAUAGUAGGUAAGUACUCCCUGCCUAAAUGGGUGAAGAGGGGCUUAGUCCGAUACGUAUCUGGUGGUCAUAAACGCGUUGGCUUUACAUUCAACGUUUCACGUGAUGUCCACGCGGUGAGCUUAGGCCAGGAUGCUUCUAUAUUACAAUAUAUGAGACUCAAACAUUGGACGUACUACUCUAUAACUUUUAGUGCAACAAGGACAUGUCCACUCGAUAAAUUUAUAAGGAUAACCUACGGCGGCGGUUCAGCAGAUUUCGGUUUUCCAUCUAAAACAUUGUAUUUAAGCGACAAAGCAGACACUUUUGCUUGGGGUCUUCGGACCGCUACCGGUACAUCUUAUAUCCAUUUUUCUAACCCAACUGGUCACCCUAAGUAUCCCGCUUGCGGACCACUUAUACAAGCUGUUGCAAUCAAGGAGUUACCUCCACCCCCUAUCAUGACCACAGGUAACAACCUUAUACAUAAUGGAAACUUCGAAAUUGGUCCUUAUACAUUAGAGAAUUUCACAACUGGGGUCUAUAUCCAUCCAUAUACUUUGAAUCCUAUUUCUCCACUUCCUGGUUGGAUAAUCGAAUCCCGGUAUACCAUUAGGUACAUUACCUCAAAAGACUUCUUCAUACCAUCAGGAUCUUCUGCCGUUGAAUUAUUAGUUGGAGGGAAAACAAAUGCCAUAGCUCAAGUAAUAGGUACAACACCAAAAAUGUAUUACAACCUUACCUUUACUAUUGGAGAUGCCAAUAAUGGCUGCAUUGGUUCUAUGGAAGUUCAAGCAUCUGCCGAUAAAGAAACCAUUAAAGUGAAAUAUGAGUCUCAAGGUAAAGGUGGUGUAACGCAUGCAAGUCUCAGGUUCCAAGCUGUGUCACUCUCAUUUACAACUAGGAUAUCAUUUUGGAGUGUGUUUUAUCACAAUACUAUCGAUGAUCCUAACCGUUUCUGCGGUCCGGUGCUGGAUAAUGUUCGGGUUGUACUCGAUCAGUAAUUAUAACAAACUAUGAUGAAAACCUAGCCCCUCUAUCCGGAAUUAUCAGGCCAAUCGCAUCUGUACUUCUACAUAAAUUAAGUUCUACGAGAUGUUAGAUUUGACCUUUAUGUAAAAUAUCUUCAAUCUUUUUUUCUUUUUAUGAAAUGUUGGCAUUAUUGUAGCUAAUUCUGGGUAGAUCAAGAUGAAUUGUUAUGUUUAGGAAACUGAACUGAUUUCAUGAUUUCAACCUAAGAAUUUUUUAAUACUUAA